UCUCCAGCAAGACCGGGAAGGACGCUAGGCGGAGCAAGGAAGCGAGUGAAAGUUUUUGUUGUGAGGUCUUUGUGUUUCGCGGUGGAUUUUGUGAGGAAACUUCGCCUUUAUUUACCUGUUGUGAGGACUUGCUGUCGGUGUGUACGUGUGUGUGUGUGGCGUGUGUGUAGCAUGGGCGUGCCCUGGCGGGCGUGUGGAGGGCGGAGGAGCCCCAAGAAGUUCGUGUUGUGGGCGGUGGUCGUGGUCGGGUUUUUUGCGCUGAGUGUCAAAGAUGUUCGGGAGUCCGUAUAUGAGUCACCAGGAGAUGGGAAGAAAGAGACGAGAGAGAUGAUGGAUGGUAAUGAUGAUGGGAAAAUGAUGGGCGGCGCGGAUAACGAAGGUGAAAGUGAAAUAGAAAUUAACGAGAAACCAAAAAUUGAAAAACAAAAAGUAAUGAGUAAAAUUCGUGAGCAGAAAAAGAAUGGUGAUGGUGAUGGUGAUGGUGAAAGAAGACAGGAUGAGAACAAUGUUGAUCACAGUGAUGAUGGUGAUGAAAAUGUCAGAGAUAAUAACGACGACGAUGAUGAUAAUGACCAUGAUGGUGACAAUGGUUAUUCACACAACGAAGAAACGAAUAUAAAUUUUGACAUUGAGAAAAAUAACCAAAAAAUAGACCAAAUUAUCGCAAUGAAUGAAAAAGAAAGUGAAACCAAAGACAUUGAAAACCCGAGAGAAACGAAUAUAGAAGAUAAACAAGAGAAAGACAAAGAUGAAGAAGAGAAACGAGAAAAUCAACAAGGAGAGGAGGUGGUCGUGAAUGAAAUUAAACCAGAUCAAGAUAAACCAAUUGAUGAACCAGAAAUAGAUGAUAGAAAUAGAAUGGAAAAUGGCAACAGUGCAGGUGAAGAAGAUGGAGGAAGAGAAGAAGAAAAAGAAAAUAAAGAAAUGGAAGAAGGAAAAGAUGUGGGGAAGAGAAAGGGAGGAGGAGGAAGAGGAGGAGAUGGUGGAAAUGAAAAGGAAGGAAAAGAAGGAAACUAUGGGGAAGAAGAAAAAGGAAACGGAAAGGAAAAGGAAGAAGGAAACUAUGAAGGAGCAGAAAAAGGAAAUAAGGAAGACGAAGGAAAAGAUGAGAGAAAGGAAGAAGAAGGAGAAAAAGGAAACAAAGAAAACGAAGGAAAAGAUGCGGGAAAGGGAGAGGGAGCAGGAGAAGGAGAAAAAGACGCGAAGGAAAAAGAAGAGAAGGGAAAAGAGGAGGAAAAGAAAGAAGAGGGAAGAGAGGCGCCCCCGUGGAAAUCCUCUGUGGCCUUAAACGGAAACUUGGCGCGCAAUGAGAAUUUGAAUGGACGGCCUGUAGUGAAGGUGUUGCUGCUCGCCUAUCAGCGCAGCGGGUCAUCCUUCACGGGGGAGCUACUCUCCUCGGGGGGCGGCGCCUUCUACGUGUACGAGCCGCUCUUCCAAUGGCGCCACCAGUUUGGCUACGCCCCAGACCCGGCCUUCCACCAGGACAUUCCCAAGCUGCUCGGGGACCUGCUUGACUGCAGCCCCGAGGUGCUCAACGCGUGGAAGAAAGGAAACUUCAGACACUUCAGAAGGAAACCAGAGGGAGUGAAGGACUUCUGUAUGGAUGCGUCUUUCCGCCUCGUGAAGACAAUCCGUGCCAGGAAAUCCCACGUGCUGCCCUGGCUUCUCCUGCGCGAGGAUAUUAAGGUGGUUCACCUGGUGCGCGACCCACGAGGCAUCCUGAACUCGGUGAGUCAUGGCGGCAACAUAUGGACAGACCGGAACAGGGACGCCGUGUACCAGUGCACCAGCCUCAGUGAGGACCUGGACCUGGAGCAGCUGGGGCCACAAAGGUACCUGCGGAUGAGGUAUGAGGACCUCGUUGAUAAACCCCUAGAGGAGACCACGCGGGUCUUCUCCUUCAUGGGCGUCCCUGUGAGCUCCUCAGUGCUUACCUUCCUCAAGGAGCACACUGGCAUGGAUACAGCAGGUUCACCUUUAAAACAGAGGUACAUGAACACCUUCAGGCAAGCAGACUUCCGCCACGACCAUUGGAAGAAGGAGCUGGACAGCCACCACAUUCGGCAGAUUGAGGAUGUGUGCCAGGUGGUGAUGAAUUUCCUCCACUACCCAGUGUUGCCGUCUGCCUGAUCUCCGUUACCUCAUGCCCUUCAGUCAAGCAGUCUUUUAAUCUUGUAGCCUGAAAAUAUAUGUUUAGUCUUGGCAAAUGUGUCAGGUUGGUUUGUUCUUUGCAUGUGUGAUUUGUACUAACUGUAUUCAGUGUUUAGUUGGUAGUGUAUAUAGUUGGCAUGCUCUGUAUUUUCCAUUUACUAAUCAAAGACAGAUGGAGUCACUUUAGUUCUGAUUGGGCCCUGGAGUUUCCAGUACCAUCACUUGUUAGUUUGUUAGUUGUGAGCAAAGGAUCUAGUCAUUGGUUCUUAGGACACUACAUAGGGAGUUUGUUUAAUAUUUCUACACAUUAGCAACACUAUUCUUUUGUCAUCUAUGACCUCAUUUUAUAUGGCAAGGUAUUGAUUAUGAAUUUUAAAAGGAUUGUGCUGAUUAGGGCAUCCGGUUGAAUGUGAUAUGGUGACAAGCUUGGCAUGCUGUAAUGUACUUAAUCUAUUAAACAAAAUAUAAAUACUACCAACUAGUUUAUUGAUAAAGGAUGCUCCACUUUGUAAUUCUUCCUGUCCCUGUGAUGUAUGGUGUGGGAGGAGGAGGAUGAGUCCCUCACCCUGAUUAGUUUUGGAUGCCACUGAAGCUCAAAAACAUUAUUUGCUCUAAACUAAAAGUGUCACCUAUUAUACUACCAUUGGUGCUUGGGAAUCCCUGUAGUGGUUCAACAACUCUCUUCACUGCAUGUGUGGUGUGCUGCAUGAUGGCAGAGAGGGUGGGAAGUGUACACUUGAAAGAUCUCUAAAUUUCUCCUGUCUGUUUGUAAUAAAUCAUUUGUAUGUUUUCAACUUGCUCUAGUCCUCUUCAAUAAAAAAUGCAUGUUCUUGUAUUCACUAGUCUUACUCUAGAUACUCACAAAAAAUAAUCUAGAAAGAACAUCAUACUUAGUUUAAAAACAAAGAUUUGCCCUGAAGACAUCACUAAUGCAUGACAGUAUUCCAUGGCAGGAGUGCACAUUUGUGUAUACAUUGUAGUGCAUGUCUUUUGUGGUGGCUAGUACCUCUUUGAAGAAUUGAUAUCCUCUACCAUAAUGAUAUGUUGUCUUUGUGCUCUCUCUAUAUCAUCUAUAUAAUGUGUAAGGAAGAUGCCAGACUCAGGAUCGACUCUCACUCUGGAACUCCCUGCCUGCUUCCGUAUUUCCUCCUCCUUGUGACCUGAACUCUUUCAAGAGAGAGGUUUCAAGAUAUUUAUCCUCAAAUUUUAAUGAUGCUUUUCACCAUUCUUUUGGGACUGGUACCUCAGUGAGAUUGCUUUUCACUCUGUUUGCUCCCCUUGGCCAGUGCCCCUCUUACAUAAAAUAAUACUCAACCUAGCUCUGUAUAAUUACUAUGGAUAUGAUCAUGUAUACUGAGUGUCAUACAAAGAUUCAGUCCCUAGCUGCUCACUUUCAUGACCCUCCUGCAGACAGCUUGUCAGUGUUGCAGUAAAUGAGGCAUUUUACUUACUAUGUUCUGAGAUUUUGAAAGUCACACAGGAUCACACUGGAUCCCCUGCUCUCCUCUUCCACCAUGCCACUUCCUUCCUCAACUUGCGGACAUUGUCACUGAGUUGC